AUACCGCCAUCAUGAACCCUGAUUAUGACUUUCUUUUCAAGCUAUUGCUCAUUGGUGAUUCAGGCGUUGGAAAGAGUUGCCUCCUAUUGAGGUUUGCUGACGAUACUUACACAUCCUCUUACAUAUCUACCAUUGGUGUUGACUUCAAAAUUAGAACAAUCGAAAUUGACGGAAAGACAGUCAAACUGCAAAUCUGGGAUACAGCAGGUCAAGAGAGAUUUAGGACGAUCACUUCUAGCUACUAUCGUGGUGCACAUGGUAUUAUUGUCGUUUAUGAUGUUACCGACAAUGAGUCUUUCGAUCACGUAUCACAAUGGUUACAAGAAAUCGACCGCUACGCGUGCGAAGGCGUAAAUAAAUUGCUCGUCGGUAACAAGAACGACCUUGAAUCGAAGAAGUCGGUCGAAUUUAACGUAGCAAAGGAAUUUGCUGAACAGCUCAAUAUACCUUUCUUGGAAACCUCUGCUAAAGAUUCAACUAACGUUGAGCAAGCCUUCUUAACAAUGGCCAAACACAUCAAAGAUAGGAUGGGUACCAACUCAGUUGGAUCAGGUGCAGGCACGAAAUCUGGUGUAAAAUUAUCAUCAGGUCAACAGCUGGAUCAGCAGACUUCUGGCGGUUGCUGCUAAAGUUAUACGCUUAAAUACAUUUCCAUUUUCUUUAACUAUGAUAU